AUGCCUUCCAAGAAAUCAUCCGCCUACGUCCUAGGCGUGGGCAUGACAAAGUUCAUCAAGCCCCGUGGAAAAGUCGACUACACCGAGCUCGGCUUCGAGGCCGGCGUCAAGGCCCUCCUAGACGCCAAGAUCAACUACGACGACGUCGACCAGGGCGUGGCAUGCUACUGCUACGGCGACAGUACCUGCGGCCAACGCGUGUUCUACCAGUUCGGCCUGACGGGGAUUCCCGUGUACAAUGUCAAUAAUAACUGCUCCACCGGGAGUACCGGCAUCAACAUGGCUCGCACGCUUGUUCAGCACGGCGCUGCGGAUUGUGUCAUGGUUGUUGGAUUUGAAAAGAUGAUGCCGGGGAGUCUGCAGUCUUUCUUUAAAGACAGGGCUAAUCCUCUGGGGCCGACGACAAAGAUGAUGGCUGACACGAGGGGUGUUACCAACGCUCCCGGUGCGGCCCAGAUGUUUGGCAACGCUGGGAGAGAGUACAUGGAGAAGUACGGUGCCAAGGCCGAGGACUUUGCAGAGAUUGCGCGAGUCAACCACGCACACUCGCCCAAUAACCCCUACUCGCAGUUCCAGCAGGUUUACACGAAGGAGCAGAUCCUCGAGGCGGCCAUGAUCCACGAGCCCCUGACCAAGCUGCAGUGUUGUCCAACUUCAGACGGUGGUGCCGCAGCCAUCAUCGUGUCUGAAGCCUUCCUCGAGGCUCGGCCGCACCUCCGCGAACAGGCUAUCGAAAUCGCAGGCCAGUGUCUUGCAACCGACGCCCCGAGCUUGUUCUCUCGCAGUGCCAUUGACCUUAUGGGCUACGAGAUGACACAAAGAGCAGUAAAGGAGGCGACACAGCAAGCAGGCAUCUCAGCUCGAGACGUCCAAGUCGUCGAACUCCACGACUGCUUCAGCGCCAACGAGAUGAUCGUCCUCGACGCCCUAGGCCUCUGCGACAAGGGCAAAGCCCACGAGCUCGUCCGAGCAGGCGACAUCACGUACGGCGGCAAGUACGUAGUCAACCCUUCAGGCGGACUCAUCUCCAAGGGCCAUCCCCUCGGUGCAACGGGCAUCGCGCAGUGCGCGGAGUUGGUGUGGCAUCUCCGCGGCUGGGCCAACAACCGUGCUGUCCCAGAGACGAAGUACGGUCUUCAGCAUAACCUUGGUCUGGGCGGCGCGGUGGUGGUGACGGUGUACAAGAGAGCUGAUGGAAAGACGGCGCCGGUGGUUGACUCGGACACAGUCGGACAGAAGAACAAGUUGGGAUAUAAUCCUGCGGUCGAGGCGAGGGGGUUCACCGAGGAGCAGGCUGACUCUGUGAGGAGCAAGGCCAGCAGGAGUGAGUGGGCGCUACAGGACACGCUGAAGAAGGUUGAGUCGAGGUUCUAG